AUGGGAGCUGGAGGCUGGUUCUACGUUCCAAAGGUAUGGACUCCAUAUGGAGGAUGGUGGUCAAACCCAACCCACUGGAAGCGCAACACCGGUAUUGCUGGAGUCGGUAUUGUUUGUGUGGCCACCAUGUUGUUUAGCGUUUCCGCCGAGCGUGAAAGAAGACCUGUGGCACCCUUCCGCCAAAUUCCUUCUCAAAGCUGGUGCAAGCACGCCAAGACUGACGACCCGCGCCUGAAGUAA